AAAUGGUCAUCGAUUGUUUGCCUGCUCUACGGGUUGUUUCUCUAGAUUCAUUUAUUUACAUUUAUUGUUAAAGAAUAUGUUUUCCCUGUUGUAAAUAUCGAGAUUAUAAAAAGGGAUACACAUUUGGCAUAAAAGAUGGUGAAUAAACAGGAAUCUUUGAUGGCUGCAAUAACAUUUUUUGCCAAGGCACAUGCUGGCGAGGUCUGUGGUAGCAAUGGACUCCCCUUGACACCGAAUUCCAUAGCGAUAUUGGGUCGAUCGCAAAAGCUUAAAGAAUUAAGACAUUCUAAUUUGUGUCAGUAUUUGGAUGUUAUACGGGGGAAACAUGAGCGAACGGUAGUGGUUUCCGAGUAUCAUGGCACAACUUUGCAGGAAAAAUGUAAAGAUAAACUAAAUAAUGAUUUAAUACUGAGGCUUUUUUAUCAAGUGGCAUCUGCUUUGAAGGAACUAAAUGAACACAAGCUUGUUGCACACAAUCUUGAACCAAAACACAUACUUUUGGAUGCUUAUAAUAAUGUCAAGUUAUUUAAUUAUGGUUUAUUUUACAUGACAAAAAGUGGAGAUCAUGUUGCAUUUCCCAUUGGAAACAUAAAGUACAUGCCUCCAGAAAGACUGGUUGGCAUUAAAAAUAAUUGCAAAAGCGAUAUAUGGUCUCUGGGUAUGAUAGUUGCAGAACUUUUGCUACAAACUCAGUUCUGGCCAAAUCUUAAAAUUUCAAGUAUAUCAAGAAAAAUUCUUUCCUUCUGUCAGUCCUCAAAUGUCUUUGAGAAGAUAGCAAGGGAACAUGAUAAACUUGAAAUGUAUCAAGAACUGGAUCCAGACUUGCGGAACCUUGUCGAACAAUGUUUGGCUGUAAAACCAACAGAUAGACCAUUACCGCAAGAAAUUCUGAACCAUCCACUUUUUGUAAGGAAUCUCGAUUUGUAUUUAGUAACACCCAAGGAAAAGUCCUCAACACUUUUGCUACGCAUGCCCUUGGAGCAAAUUUACUACUGGUGGCAAUUGGCCGGUGGGGAUGUUCAAGCAGAACUCAAAAAAGAGGGGCUUAUACGUAGCGAAGCUCCCAUUUUGUCUAUCCCUCAAGUUGUAUGUUUAAAUGGGAAUAUAGCUGGACCAAAACGAAGCCAAUCGUAUUUGAUGGAUGAUCGUGUGGUGAUAUUAAAAAUGCAAAAUCUAUUGGAUCGCUUAAGUAAGAUUCCCGCAAUGGCAUACUAUCCCCUUAUACAUUCACCAAAAUUUCCUUAUAAUUUUGGAGUCGGUAUGGACCAGUUGCCCUUGGUGAUACGCGAAAAAGACAUUGAAUAUCAAUUUUAUAGAGUUCGCCUAUUUUCUCGCUUGCUUCAGGGAUAUCCUUAUACAUCAGAGACAAUAAGAAAAGAAGCUGCAAUUGACAUACCCCCUCUGCUAAGAGGUCAAAUAUGGGCAUGUCUUUUAGAUGUAAUACCAAAUGGGAGUUAUGAAAAGAUUGAUAAAUUUACACCCACCUCAACUGAUCGCCAGAUCGAAGUGGAUAUACCACGUUGCCAUCAAUAUGAUGAACUCUUAUCCUCGCCUGAGGGACAUCUAAAGCUAAAAAGGCUGCUGAAAGCUUGGGUAACUGCCCAUCCCCAAUAUGUCUAUUGGCAGGGACUUGACUCACUUACUGCACCAUUUUUGUAUUUAAAUUUCAACAACGAAGAACUUGCUUUUCAUAGUGUCUAUAAGUUUAUACCAAAAUAUUUACAAUGGUUUUUCCUCAAAGACAAUUCAGCCAUUAUUAAAGAAUAUCUUUGUAAAUUUUCUCAAUUAACUGCAUUUCAUGAGCCAGUAUUGGCGCAGCAUUUAUCGAAUAUAGCAUUUAUACCAGAAUUAUUUGCAAUACCUUGGUUUUUAACAAUGUUUUCACAUGUUUUUCCUCUGCAUAAGAUUCUUCAUUUAUGGGAUAAGCUAAUGUUGGGCGACAAUUCGUAUCCCCUUUACAUUGGAAUUUCAAUUCUAAAACAAUUGAAAUCCACUCUCUUGGCAUCUGGAUUCAAUGAAUGUAUACUACUUUUUUCGGAUUUACCAGACAUUGUGAUGGAAAACUGUGUGGUGGAAUCACAAAAAAUGUAUGAGUCUACACCGAAGAGUAUAGCCCACCGAUUUCAUGUAGUUAGAGAAAAGGAACUUGGACCAUUUGAUAUCACACCGGAUGUCACUCUGGCUCAUUUACAAAAAGAAAUGUCACCACGGAUCAGUGCCAACGAUUUGCAUUUCAUGCUUAGAAAUGAUCCAAACGCUAUGCUUUGUUUGGAUAUACGAAGUGUGUCUGAAUUCAAUCGUGUUCAUUUGCCUGAUAGCAUAAAUAUACCAUUUAGCAACAUCAACAUGGACGAAAAAUCUUUGGAAUUACUAAAUGAACCACUUUUGGAGGAGAAAAUGCACAAUCGUAUCAUAAUUUGUAUUAGUAAUGUCCAUGAAAACGCUGUGGAGUUUUCUAAAUUUCUUGUGGAAUGUGGAGUAUCACGUGUUUGUAUAUUACACCAAGGAUUCAACAUUUUACACUCAAUAGAACCGAAUAUCUUAGUUUCUAAUUAAACGUAAUUAAUAUUUAAUUAAAAUAAUUUCCUUAGAAAUUAAGAUCUCGCAUUAAUUGUUUUCAAUUUGUAUGUGUGAUUUAUACAAUAUUUA